CCCGCAUUCCACCCAGGGCUCCCUACAAUAACAGCCCAUCUGAAUACGCAGACGCUAUUCGUCGAGCAACGACAUGGAGGCCAAGUAUUCCAAAGAACAGAUCACCGCGUACUUUGAGCGCAUCUCGCUGCCCGCGAAGCUUUGGACGUAUGAUGUUUCCGGGCUCGAUGCCAAGGCGAGCUUGGAAAUCGUCAAGUCGUUGAUCAAGCAUCACCUAACUUCGGUGCCAUUCGAGAAUCUAGCCCUUCAUUACUCCCCGCACCGGACAGUCGUUCUACAUCCGGAAGAAGUGUACAGAAAGAUUGUGACCAACAGGCGCGGCGGCUACUGCAUGGAACUCAAUGCUACUUUCGGCUGCCUGUUAAGGAGUUUAGGCUACACUCUGUACCACGUUGGCGCACGAGUCAACAGUUCUCCCACGGCGCAGUCCUUCGGGCCAUUCAACCACAUGCUCAACAUUGUGACUAUAGGCUCCGACCGGUACCUUGUUGAUGUAGGAUUUGGCUCGAACUACGUUCCUACUGUGCCAGUGCGUCUCAUAAACGACGCGACGGGCUUCUCAAACGUGCCGCCCGCUUCCGCGAGACUUGUCUUCAAGGCGAUCGAGGGUGCCGCAAACCCGUAUGCCAAGCUGUGGGUGUACCAGCACCGAACGGGACCGGACGUAAACGACGGGGGAUGGAAAGACAUGUACUGCUUCAACGCCGACCUUGAGUUCAGACACGACGACUUCGAGAUGAUGAAUUAUUGGACGAGCACGAGCAAGAAGUCAAUCUUCACGCACAAAGUUAUAUGCAACAAGAUGAUUUUUGGAGAGGGGGACCAAAGGGAAGAUAUAGUGGGGACCAUAGGCUUGAUGAGAGAGCUGAAACGUAGGGUGGGUAAGGAGUCAACCAUUUUAAAUGACUUUGAUGAAGAGAAGGAUAGAGUAGAUGCUUUGAAGCAGCACUUUGGAAUUAGCUUAAGUGAAGUUGAGAGGGAGGCAAUUCGAGGAACAGUGGAUGAAAUCAAGUAGUUUCUGGCAUUCGUGCACAGAUUCGCGGGUUUCAACAAAGCUAGUAAUAGACGACUGAAUACGAUGUCACAACUACCGC